GGCAGCACCAGUUUGCGGGGCGGCGUCGCGGGGAUCGAUCGUGGCCGCUAGCUGGGGGUUCAUUUUUCCUUCAUUACCACCCGCUCCCUGGCACGAAUUUAUGCCCUGACCUCACGGCGCGGCGAUGUGAUACGUUUUGGGUGUGGUUUUAGUUUGUUAUGUUGCGUUAGAGGCCCCGGUGAGGAGGAGUGAAGCCCUGUAAUACCCCCGCCCCUCCCCACCUCUGCCAGAAGACGACCAUCACGACCACACGCUAAAAUGACGACCAUCUAACAGGGGAGCUGGGCCACAGCCCCUCCCACGCGCCAGUCCUUUCUUGAUCACGGAGAUAACAUGAGGUGGCCUGACCCGGGGAGCGAACUGACAGACUGAGUGAACUGAUUUGCAUUGUUGAACUGAGGCUCUCGCGUGACUGUUGACUGUCCCGUGGGUGCUGUUUGGAAACGAAGGCACGGUUACGAAAACAAAGCUGGAUACGCAAACACGGCAAGAUGUGUGGAGGCGGUGAGGUGAGCGCCCGAGGUCCCCGCCCCCCCCAGCAGCUCUCACCGUGCCCCCAGUGCCUCCGCCGCCGCCGCCGCCGCCCACAGUAACCACCACCAUGAAAUCGGCCUGAACCCUCCUUUCCCACACCCCCACACUCCCCCCCCUAACUCACUCUCUCACUAGCUCACUCCCAUCACCACCAACACCACAACGCUACCACCACCACUGUCAUCACGCUCACUCCUGUCCUGUCAUUCUUGUUUUGUUUUGUGCAGCAUUGAAUCACCUGUGACCAAAGUUAAGGAUUCUCGCUGCUACUCACACCCAUAUGACAUAAGUUCACCUCCUUGGAAGUUCUAUAGAAGUUCUCUGUAGCCAGAAAUAAGCGUAGUUGCCUUCUGUCACACCUCACACUUAGAUGUGUCUCAUGGCCAGCAUCGCCUAAUAGUGCUGUGCUGACUUUCACUGUAGCAGCUUUAUUCUGCCACCAAAGAUUGGUGUAGCAACCCUCAGAUUGGAGCCCUUCUUUCCUGCUCCAGGCACACACGCCCCACAACCCACCAGGAUAACUCUCGUCUAGAGCCAGCGUUGUGAGGCUCUAGAUUGAGAAGUCAUCCCAGCAGUACACUAUGUCACUCUUGUAAUACAUCAACAGUCACUUCUUUUUUUGCUCAGUUACAGUUUUGUUUUGUAUCAUUGGCUUUAUCAUCAUCAGUUCAUCCCCCCUCAUAUCAUCCUCCUUUCCCCUCACCCACUUUUCUUUCUACCUCACCUUUGCUGCAGUUGCAGUCACUUUCCUGAAACCCUCUCAAGCAACAACAAUUUGAAGAUGACUGAUAGUUUCCAACCACCCACAGUGUUGAAGUUGUUAUGAAGCUGGUACGGUGUGAGUGGGCGCCCUCACUGGUGGUGGAGUGGCUGUGUGGGGAACUGGAGGAACGCGGUAUUCCUGGCCCCACAUACGCCCACACCUUGCUCUCCCUCCUCCACCACCACUACUGCCCCCACCCGGCUCCUGCCACCCCCAACGGUCCAUCCCGCACCUCUUCUGUCACUGCCCCCUGCCCUGCCGGCCCCCGUUACUUUCCCCCGCUGUCCCGACGCCUCCUCGAUGACUUUGAUUUGCGCGACUUAGACCUGGAUGACCUUCUAGACCACACUACUCACCCAGACGCCGACCUCCCAGACCUCUCUGCCAUCACUCAGCAGCAGCGUGGAGGGAGCCGCCGGGCACGUAAACGCCACAAGGUCCGCCAAAAACACCGCAUUCUCACCUCAGAGCAACUGCAGAAGGUGGCUGCUCUUCAGUGCCUCAUGUCUGCUUCUGAUGAGCGCUAUGAUCUAGAGAGCCUUGUGGAAGAACUCUGCUCCCGCCUCAAGACUGCUGCUGAGAACGACCACCUGAAUGCUUCCAACAAGGUGCCAGCUUGCAUCACAAGCAAGUCUGUGUCCCUAAACUCUGUGUCACAGGAGAGCAGCAAUGACACUGAAGAGUACACUUCAUCCUCCACACCUGAGGAACAAGCUGAGAGGUACUAUGCUGCUUUUCCACCUCUGAGUGGAUCUUCCAAGGUGAAGUGUAGCCACGAAAAAGCAUGGAAGUCUGGAGAUGCAUUCUGUUCUUGCGUGUGGGAAUGUCGCAAGCCAUUGUCGGUGCCACACAGUGAGGGCAUCCCAGGUACUAAUACUGUGAAGAUGCCACGAACAUACCGCAAGAAGCAUCGGGAGAAGAGUAAGAAGGAGGUCGAGGCAAAGCAGGAGCCAGUGCAGAGUCACGAGGAGCCUCAGCGUCACCCAGUCUCCUUCACCUGGCAUUCUAGCAGCAAGCACAAAGAGGCCCAGCUUAAUGAAUUCUACGACACGGACAGCGCCUCAGAGCCGGAGAGAAGCUCUGAGCGGCGACGGAAGAAAUUUGUUGGGCCCCUGCUGGAUGAAGACAUUGGGGAAGGCUACAUUGGGGAUACCAGCUCGAGGGAAAGCUCUGAGGACAGGGACAAAGGAGAGCAAGACAGCGAGAAACCCCGGGAAGAGAAGGGUGACAGGAACCAGGGUCAUUCUGGAGAAAGCAAGGAAAAGGGCAACCAGGAGGAGUGGGAGUGCAUGGGGGAUUUGGUUCUUGAAGGCAGCAACCAGGGUGGUGAGGGCAUGUUGGGAAUUGGAGGAAACAGGCUGUUUGAGCGAGGCAGCACCUCUGGAGGGACAAGUGGCUCCAGCAGUGACGUGGAGACCCAAGAGGCCAAGAGUGUAAGGCAGCUGGAGAGGAAGAUCUCCAACACUGUGGCCCAGGUUUGGGGUCAGGCUGGCGAACUGCUGGGUCAUGGCCGUGGGGAGCACGUUUGGGACCCUCCAGCCCCUCAGGAGCCAGCUCUCUACACCACAGUCUGGGGCUUCAGCCUCCCUAAGCAACAACUGCACCAGAAUUUGCAAGAGUCUUCACCGCCCCAUCCCCAGCACAGUCUCAGUAGCCAGUCAAUUCAAGAACCUCUAACACCAACACUGAAUGGUUGGGAUCAGAGCUGCUCCUGGCACCCUAGUAACUGCCUGGCAGAAGAGAGCUCCCUCGUGUGCAGCAUCUCAAGUCAGAGUCCUUUCAGCAGCCUGAAGGAAAGUUUGACAAGAGAUCCCAGCACCCACCUUGGCAUUCAAAACAACUUUGAGAAAUCCAUUUGGUCUGAUUGUAAUGCUAAUGAUAUAACAGACAGUGAGAAUGUCUUGCCUGUGUGCCUGGAGAAACAUCACAUUAGCAAUGAUGGAGACAAAGAGAGAGAUGAAGGCAAGAAUCACACUUUUAAUGAUGACUUGGAAAAAAAGUUAUUAGAGUCAUUUGUGCAACUAAGUUUGGAGAAUCUAUGGGAAAAUACACUAGGUCUUGAAAAUGUAUUUACAGAUAUUAGUAUAAGUAAUAGUAAUUUAGAUUGUGUCUCAGAAAAUAAGAAUUUAGAAACAGCAGCUCAUAGUAGCCAUACAGAUUCGGAACAUGAGAAGAUGAUGGCCUUGGUGGAGGGUGUCUGCAACAGUGACGAGUCUCAAGAGGAAGAGUCAUUGGACAGUUCUUCAAAGGACCUUCCCUCGGGACCCAUCGGCCCCCAUGCUGUGCUCCACCACACAGAAAAUAGCGGCUUCUCCAUGGUUGUUCCUAGAGGAAAGAGUGCCGAGUCCAGCCCUGCUAUAGAUCAGCGGCCAGAGACCCUCCUGGUUGGCCCUGUAUGCAGUGUUGGAGAUGAUGGUGGUGGAGGUGGUGGUGCUAUGAUGUGCACUGGAGUGGUAGAAGGAAUGGACUCCCUCCCACCAGCCCAGGAGGAGGAAAACCUGCUUACCUCCCCUAGGACUCACUUCCGCCCCAUCAGGCAGGACAGCAUUGGCAGCAUCACUGAUGACCACUAUGAGGAUGGGACAAUGUUCGUUGUCAACUCUGAACGACCAGACCUACCCUUCCAGCGCACCAGUAGUGGGGCAUUGUUCUUGGAGAGCGAUAUUUUGGAGGGCUCUCCCAAGAAGUACAUGGUUUACAAGGAGCCAGUACCCAGGGUCACCCAGGGAGAAGAGGAGCAGCCACAGGUUACCAGAGAGAAAUUGACAGCCAUUGCUCUUGUUCCUAAGUUCAAGGUUAUAAACAAUGAGAAGUUCUGUCAGACAGAGGAGGAUGGCCUUCAGGGUGUGGGAGGAAAGUCAUGUUAUAAGAUUAAGAUGGAGAAGAUAGCUCUCAACAAUAAUAAUCAUUAUGCCAUCAGGGAUGAUGGGAAAGAGCCAGAUGUGUUUGAGUUCCAACAGCAAGAUUUUCCUGACAACGCAACACUGGCAAACAUAUGGAAAAAUAGAGUAGGAAAUGACAGUAGGAGUCAACUGAAAAGUAUUUGGCAAAUUCAGAGAGAAGAAGACAAUAGGAAUGCCUGGCCAAUCAUGAGUGACAUGAAGCAAGGAGUUGUUUGGCUAGAUAAGGAAGGCGAAGGUGCCACUGGAUGGAGCAGUGAGGGAUGUUUUGAACCACCCCUUCAACCAGAGAGGAGCAAUAAGACAGAGGCUGUUGUCAUCCCUACCUCCCUUGCCUCACUGUGGCAUCAAAAUAGUUCCCCAGAGUCACCCACUGUCCCAUCCAUGCCCAGCCUCCAAGACCUCUGGGCCAGCUUUAAGCCUUCCAUCAUAGAGGACUCUGAGCAUGAAGGCACAGGUGGACAGAAAUACAUCAUCACCAACCCUACAACUCAUAUCCCAGGGAAAUACAAUAGUGAGGCAGGUGCCAAUUUGUCUUCCAUGGUGGAGUCUGGGCCUUGGAGUGUCAGAACAGCCGAGGAAGUGUCAGGUCAUGCCAGAAAAGAUAAGAUUUGGUCUGAGCAGCAUCUCCUAAGCAGCAGUCAGCAGCAUCUCCACGUUGGUGAUCAAAAGAGGAUCACCUCUCUGGGAGGAGCCGUUGAGGCACCCGGAGCCUGCACUGAGCUGAGGCUGGAGGUGGACCAGGAGGCUGAUGAGCUGCUGGGGGCUGUCCAUGCUCAUACCAACUUCUCCCAAGGUCAGAUGGGCGGCCCUCAGGGUGGUACUUAUUCCCCACGGCCACUACACGAGCGCCUCAGGAAGAAUUCGGCAAGUAUCAAAAAAGGGGAGCAGAAAGAUGAUGUUGAACAAGAAGACCUGGCUGACCUAGCACCUGACUGGGAGUUGAAUGAUGGCUUUGAGUGGGGAUUGCAGGCAUCAGGGGCAUUGGAGGGUGAGGAUGCAGCAGGAGACGAGGAUGAGUGUGAAGGGGAAGUACUCAUUUAUGAGAAUGAUGGAGUCACCUAUACUAUUCCCGUCGAGUACUUGGACGACUCCCUGUAUGACCAGAUUUUUGGUGCCUCGGAUGCCUCUUCCCACCGCCUUGGAGGCUCUCUGCCUGACCUCCCCUCUGGCCACCCUUCCUCCAUAUUUUUCUCUAGUGAGUUGGAGGACAAGUGGAAGCGCAGCGGUGUGCCGUACAAGGUCCAGUUGCCUCGAAAAUCCCGGCCGGGCCGCUGGCUGCCCCCCUCACGCCGCCCCUGCACCUUCUUCAUGGAGGGGAGCUGUCGACGGAGUGACUGUAAAUUCUCUCACGACCUGGCGUCCAUCACCUGCAGGUUCUGGGAGGAGGGCUCGUGUCUGAAGGGCAUCACCUGCCCCUUCCUGCACGGCUACCCGCUGCGUCGACGCCGCAAUAAGAGUGAGGGAGCAGCUCACUCUGAGGGGGACCGCGCUGACCCUCACAGCUCCUCUUUUGAGAUUGACUCUGAGAUGGACUUUCCAACACUUGGUUCAUCAUGUGACAGCAAGGCAAGCAGCACCGAUGAUCGUGGUGGCCUCAUCACCAACUACCAUGCAGCAGCAGCAGCAGCAGCAAGGAAGAAGAAACGCAAAUUUAUUACUAUCACAAAAAAUGUCCUAGGCGAGAUGAAAGGCUUGGAGGCUGAGAAAACCCUGCACCGCAUCCCUCGGCGAGAUCGGCGGCGGCGGCACACCGACAUCAUCGCCACAAACCUGCACGACACCACCAGCACCACCACCAACACUGCUACUGCUGCUGCUGCUGCUGCCACCACUGCCAUCAACACCGAGCCUUCCCACAGCCAUCACAGCACCAGGAAAGCAAAGCGGCACCGUGCUUCAGCCUCAGGGCACGACGAUGGCACAGUUUCAGACUACUGACAGCAUGUGGCUUUGUUCUCUCGGCCCCCAGGGGGGCCAACAUCGCAGUGGUGUGUCGGGGCAAAAGGGCUGCUACUUACCACUCUCACCUCAUCUCAGCCUCAGGUCAAUGCUGCUGCCCAGGUGGGGCCAAACUGCUCAACAACUUUUUAGCAUAUAUUCAAUAAGAAAGGUAAGAAGGAGGUGACAUGAGGAGAAACAAGCCGUGGGAAGUUAGUGUAGCAGCACACAAGCUUGCUGGAGGGGACCUUCCCAAGAUGAAGCAUGGCAUGGAGUUCCUAAUUUUCCAAGGUAGCUGUUAUUCAGGGUAUAUUUCUCCCCUUUGUCCCAUCCCAUAUUCCCUCACUCCACAUCCUCUCUCUCCCCCCCCCCUGGUGGCUCCACUGCACCACAUGGCUGUAAGAGAGCAAUCACUGCAGCAGCAAACACAGAAAAUACAAGGCCAAAUUGUCACAGAAAGUAGCCUCAAGAAACAAGCCUAUUGCUGUUACAAAAAAGGAAUAGUGAUUAUUUUAUUUACUUGAGCCUUUCUUUUCCUUUGCAUAACAUAAAGCUGCAGAAUAAAAAAUGCAGCAAUGAUAGAAGAUAUCUGUGGAAUGAUUUUGUUUGUCACUAUUAUAUUUUUCAGAUUUAUUAAUCUGUUUUGAUAGUUUACCUUAAGCUUAACAUCUGAGUCACUCAUAGUUCUUUUUUUCUAUAUAAAAUAUCCAUGUUUAAGAUGGUUUAUUUCCAAGUAUAAUUUUCAUAUAUUACUGGUUUUUUUUUUUUUUUUUUUUUUUUUUUUUUUUUUUCAUAUAUACUACUAUGGUGCCCUUAAUUCAUAAAAAUGCCCCCGUAAUUCUUUCUCUUAUGUAUAUCAUUAUAUAUAACUAUAUAUAAAUACACUGACCAAGCUUUUGUCAGUAUGCAGCACACUGUAGCUACACUUUUAUUUUCACAUUAAUUACAUAUAUAUAUUUUUUUGUGUGUGUAUGGUAACAUUUAGGUAAAGUGAGAUGAAUCUUUUUACAACAAUCUGCUCACUUUGCUGUUAGUUUACCUCAAGAUUCAGUAACAACAAUGUGGAACUUUUAGAUUAACACAGCUCACUAGAGUUGCCUAGCAAAGGGACCAGUACUACCCUGCUCCUUGCACAAGCUAACUCUACUUGCUACUCACAGAAAACUUUGUUUUCAUUGUCAGUGGAAGGCAUUUUCUGCAAUUUUACUGUGCUGCAAUGGGUUGUGGUCAGUCUUGCCCCACUGAGGUCACCCUACUGAGCUGUGCAAACCCCUGUAUCAGACCACCUAUUGAGCAUUGUCUGAGUACACUAUAGAAUUUUCCCUUAAAUGUAUUUUAUAAAUCAACAGACAUUAAGCAGUCUUAUCUUGGAUUGGCCCUUGUAGUACAACCUGCCUACACUCCCCUCUUAACACCCCUCACUGUGGCCAGUACAUCCAGUCAAGUAAAAUGCAAUUUUGAAAAAAAAAAAAUCAAAUCCCUUUUGUAUUUGCAUUUUUAUUUAUGAUAUUCAAUGGAUAAAAACAGAUUUUGGAGAGGAAAAAUCAGUAGGCUUUUUUUUUUAUGAAAGUGCAUAAAUUUAUCACUCCUCAAAUAAUUUCAAUAGGAGUAUGAGAGUAUAUGUAAGCAUGAAAGAGUGUAUGAAUGAAUGAUUGGUAUCUCCUUUGCCCCGGCUAAGGAAAUAUACCAUUGAACGAACCAUUUUGGUUCUCUUCAUUUCAGAUGAUAUGCAGCCUUGUUUAGUGUGCUGCCAUUUGUACUAAGGGUAUUCAUGCACUGUCUUCUUCAUACCCUCUUAAAGAUAGCCAAUUAAGCCAACAUUUUUGGCCAUUACUGUUGCUGAAUGUAUGGAGUCCUUGAGCUAUGUUAGGGUACAAAGAUAGUGUCUGAAGCCCUUCAAACUACCCCGACGAACUGAUGCAGUCACUCUCGCCCUCAGAGAGUUGCUCAGUUCAUUUUGAAUUCAUGCAGAGUUGCUCGUACAGAAGCAGGGGCUCUGGUGAUCAUGUCCCGUGCUUGUGUGUCUCUCGGGCUCAGUUAGCAGGAAACGAAGCCUUGUGGCACUUGUGUAUUAGUACGAUAUGGCCGCGGAAGAAAAAAAAGUUAUUAAAAGUCGUCUUUCCAGUAAUGGACCGACCAGACUGAAAACUUGGCCAUGUUACAGAACUUGCCCCAAGUGAGUGUUAUCCCAGAAGGUUCAGUGCAUGGCAUGCCACAUAGAUGCCAUGAGUUUGGUGAAGUGCCAAUCAAGAGUGAGGAUUGUGGCCACUACAUGCCAUGCCUCACUUUUCUGCCCAUGAGCUCCACAACAUGAUCCCUGUUCUCUCUUAUUUUCAUAAUAUAGUAAGGAAUAAGACUUUACUCAAGAAGUGAAUGAAUGUAAGAAGGUUGCUGAUUCUUCAUAAGUUUUUUUUCAGCUGCAUUAUGUUGGCAGAAUUACUCCUUCUAGUCAGGCAACCCAAAGUAUUGUUUAGUUCUUUUGAGUUCUUUGAAAAAUGUGAGGUCACAAGCUUUUGUAAGAAAUUUAGAAGCAGAUGAUUGCAGUGAUUUUGCAUAUGAAACUGAAUGUUCUUAUUAAGUUUGUUGUAUCUCGCAAUUGUGAGAAUGAUUAACAAAGAUUUUGUAGUUGUUUCUUGCUCUGCUGUUAUGAGAAGCAAUAAUGUAAUGUCUUGAAAAGUAAGAGGGAACAAGAAGAGAAAAAUC